AGAAAAGGUUGGCAACCCUGCGAUUACCCUGCGACUGUCAAAAACCACAUAAAAAAGUUGUCUGCUCGGUAUUAAAAAAUUUUUGUGGCGCUGCUAAAUAUUUUCCAGCAUAUCGAAAAUAUGAUACGUGCUCCGCUUGUGAAGGCGCUGGGCGCCCUCGGCUCACCCACACACCAGAUCGCCAGCCGAGCCGUGCGCACCAGCGCCAUUCUGGCCCAAACGCCGGCCAAGGCGCCCGAGAAAAUCGAAGUCUUUGUCGAUGAUAUUCCCGUCAUGGUGCUGCCAGGCACCACAGUUCUGCAGGCUGCCGCCGAGAUUGGUGUAGAGAUUCCACGUUUCUGUUACCACGAACGUUUGGCCGUCGCCGGCAAUUGUCGCAUGUGUCUCGUGGAGGUGGAGAAGAGUCCCAAGCCAGUUGCCGCCUGUGCCAUGCCCGUGAUGAAGGGUUGGCGCAUCAAAACCAACUCGGAUCUGACGCGUAAGGCACGCGAGGGCGUUAUGGAAUUUCUGCUGAUGAACCAUCCGCUCGAUUGUCCCAUUUGUGAUCAGGGCGGCGAGUGCGAUCUGCAGGAUCAAGCCAUGGCCUUUGGCUCCGAUCGUUCACGUUUCACGGACAUCAAUUACACGGGCAAGCGUGCCGUCGAGGACAAGGACAUUGGGCCGCUGGUGAAGACUGUGAUGACGCGGUGCAUCCACUGCACACGUUGUGUGCGCUUCGCAUCGGAAAUUGCUGGCGUCGAUGAUUUGGGAACAACUGGACGCGGCAAUGAUAUGCAAAUUGGCACGUAUGUGGAGAAGCUAUUCCUCACCGAGCUGUCGGGCAACGUGAUCGAUCUGUGUCCGGUGGGUGCGUUGACAAACAAGCCGUAUAGCUUUGUGGCGCGUCCCUGGGAGAUACGCAAGGUGGACAGUAUCGAUGUGCUCGAUGCCGUUGGCAGCAACAUUGUGGUCAGCACACGGACCAACGAGGUGCUGCGCAUAUUGCCACGCGAGAAUGAGGACGUCAACGAGGAGUGGCUGGCGGACAAGUCGCGAUUCGCCUGUGACGGCUUGAAGCGUCAGCGUCUUGUUGCGCCCAUGGUGCGCAUGCCCAACGGUGAGCUGCAGGCUGUGGAAUGGGAGGGUGCACUGAUCGCUGUGGCCAAGGCGCUGCAGAAGGCAAAUGGUCAGAUUGCUGGCGUUGCCGGCCAAUUGGCCGAUGUGGAGGCAAUGGUGGCACUCAAGGAUCUGGUCAAUCGACUGGGCGCCGAACAUCUCGUCACCGAACAGGACUUUAUCAAGGGCAGCGGCAUCGAUGUACGCUCGAGCUAUCUACUCAACAGCACCAUCGCAGGUCUGGAGGAGGCUGAUGCCGUGCUCCUUGUGGGCACCAAUCCGCGUUACGAGGCGCCGCUGGUGAAUACGCGUCUGCGCAAGGCAUACGUUCACAAUGAGCUCCAGAUUGCAUCGAUUGGACCCAAUAUUGAUUUGUCGUAUGAGCAUCAGAAUCUGGGCGCUGAUCCCAACAUUAUUAAGGAUGUGUGCAGCGGUCGACAUGCCUUCUCCAAGGUGCUCGAGGGCGCCAAGAAGCCAGCUAUUAUCAUUGGCAUUGAUCUGCUGGAGCGUGCCGAUGGUGCCGCGAUUCAUGCCACCAUCGCCGAAUACUGUCAGAAGCUCAAGAAGCCAAAUUGGAAUGCGUUCAAUGUGCUGCAUAACAGCGCCUCGCAGGUGGGCGCCUUCGAUGUGGGAUAUCAGCCGGGUGUGCAGGGUGCACUGCAGGCACAGCCCAAGGUGCUCUUCCUGCUCAAUGCCGAUGCUGGCAAAUUGACGCGCGAUCAGUUGCCCAAGGAUUGUUUUGUUGUCUAUAUUGGAUCGCAUGGUGAUAAUGGCGCCUCAAUUGCGGACGCUGUUCUGCCGGGCGCUGCCUAUACCGAGAAGCAGGCGAUCUAUGUGAAUACGGAGGGACGGUCACAGCAAACACAUCCGGGCGUCUCGCCGCCGGGCAUGGCCCGUGAAGAUUGGAAGAUCAUACGCGCUCUGUCGGAGGUGGUAGGCAAACCGCUGCCCUAUGACACGCUCGACGAGCUGCGCUCACGUCUCACGGAUAUUGCCCCGCAUCUGACACGCUUCGGGCAACUGCAGCAGACGGACACUGGAGUCGCUGCCCAGGCAACACCUACUAAAUCCAUCAGCAGCACACCCAUCGAUGUGAAGCAGAAGGAGCUGCGCGACUAUUUCAUGACCGAUGCCAUUUCGCGUGCAUCGCCAACAAUGGCCAAGUGCAUAUCGGCGGUCAAUAAGCAGCAACGUCUGGAUGAGGCCACCAAGCAGUCGGCGGCGGCCAUCUAAGCGAGCUCUGAUCUGAUCUGAUGAAUUAACAUAAUAUAUAAAAUAAUUAA